UGAAUUGUUUACGCUCAACCGACGACGUGCAGUAAUCUCCUCGGCAGCCAAGGUUUUCGUUUUCACCUAAGAAACCGAGCGCUCUUUCUGUACGGAUCUGCCAAGUUGGUUCGCUUCGGGACAGAUUUCCUUUUCCAAAAAUCCAUUGCACCACAGAUUCCGAAUAGCGUCCUCGUCUUUAACAAUAGAACAAAGGCCGUCAGCAUUCAGCACUGCUUUCCACGUCGAUCUUUUUGCAGCCUUCGUGAACAACCAUGAGUAAACAUAUGGGACCCAUGUUAAAGGGUUACUCGGUAAAAAUGGCGGCAAUGGCUGCGCCAACGGAACUGGCAACGGCCUCUUAUAUAUCUCGUUGUUUCUCUGCAUCACAAUCGAUUCGAUAUGCCUCCUUACCGCGAAUGAAAGAAAUUCUUACGCUGGAUGACUUAAAGAAAAAAGCCCCUAAAAACUGUCAAACGCAACACAAGAAUACUCCUAACGCACGAAUGCAACGCCGAGCAACGAUGUAUUCUGUUCUUCCAGUGAUUAUGGCUCGUAGCAGUGCUAUUCACCUACCACUUAAGCUGACUUGUUUUUUUUGAGUACUCCAAGAGUAACGUUUAUUAGCCACCAUCCCAACCAGAACUUGAACAUUCAACUUGGCAUUUUUCAGUUUAUUUUCAUUAAAAGGCUUUUUAUUAAGUAAAAGCGACUUUUUUUUUGGCUAAGCGGCCGGUAUAAAAAAUCAUCAGCAUUACACGUAAAUGCAUUGAUGAAACGUUACAUCUGUACAUUAAUAUCGAACCCACGACCUGCUCAGGCGUUGGGCAUACAUCACCCUGUUGCUGUUUUUUGUUUCAUCUCCAGCAGGGUGCUUUCAGUUGUUCCUGCAAUUUACUGGUUUUGUAAAUGUUAUUACAUGGCUUACCUGAAUCCAAGCGAUCUUUGGCGUCUGUCUACUACUUCACUAUGGACCGCUGUUUCAGCCCAUCUCUCGUUUGUCCUGACAAAUAAUUUUAUGCUUAAGUGGUUAAUUCAUUACUCCUUGGCACCCACUAUCAUUCGUUUAAUUUCCUUAAACAUGAUUACCGUUUCAUUUGUUUCUCUUAGUGUGAGAUAUAUCACCAAAGGUGAUUACAAUUAUCUUCUUCAUGCUUGGAUUGCCAUUUCAUGUUUUCAAACGUUCGCGUACAUCGUUCAGGACUGGAUCACUUCUCCGAUUACGAGAACAGUGCUUUACGAUGCUACGAAUGACAAACCUGACAAACAAUCGGCCUCUUCAGAAUGUUCUCAACCCUGCAACAAACGGACUCGACACAGACAUCGACACAACAUCGAUCUCCUUGAGCUUGCCGUUUUCGCGGUAGUGCCCGUUGGCAUUGCCAGCUUUUUCACGAUGCUUGUACUGUUAUGGCACCUAGAUUAGUGCCGAAUUGAACACCAGUUGUUCGGCAUAUCUAUUCCCUACCUUUUUUUAUUGUUCCACGACAUCCAUGAUCUCUUUCUUCCUGAAUGUUUUUUCUUUUUUUGCUACCAUUAUUCUUAUCCUAUUAUUAUUAUUAUUUUAAUACUCUGUAUUGUCUUUGGAUCCUGUAAAUAUUUAAUCAGAGUUUGUUUUGUUUACAUGUUUACAUUUACGACUUUAAGCACAGAAAAGGACGCCUGAUGAAUUCAAACAUAAUUAAAACACU